GGGGGAAGGGAGAUCCCUACGUCUGACGUCGGGGCGUGAAAGAGGGCAGGCGAGGAGGAGAGGAAGCUGCGAUAAACACAGGCAGGGCGUCUGAGCCUAAACAAGGACAAAGUGAUCACGGUAUCAAUGCUCUAACAAUGGACUUAGCAGAUAUGCUUGUCGUCAAAUUCUUCUGUUUCGUCUACUUAAUAAAUUACACCCAGGGUUAUCAUUAUGGGAACCCCCUGAACAAGUAUGUGCGUCACUACGAGGGUCUGUCCUAUAACACCUAUGAGUUACAUGACAAGCACCUGAGAGUCAAGAGGGCCCUCCACCACCAAGACAAAUUUCUCCAUCUAGACUUCCACGCACACGGAAGACAUUUUAACCUGAGGAUGAAGAGAGACACCAGUCUCUUUGCUGAGGACCUGAAGGUAGACAUGGGAGGACAGGAGGUGAACUAUGACACCUCUCAUGUCUACACUGGAGAAAUAUAUGGUGAGAAAGGAACCCUGAGCCAUGGGUCUGUGGUGGAUGGGAAGUUUGAGGGCUUCAUCCAGACGUACCAGGGGACGUUCUACGUAGAGCCAGCUGAGAGAUACCUGAAGGACCGGGACGUUCCCUUCCAUUCAGUUAUCUACCACGAGGACGACAUCAAUUACCCACACAAGUAUGGUCCAGAGGGGGGCUGUGCCGACCACUCAGUGUUUGAGAGGAUGAAGAAAUACCAGGCCACUGCCAUGGAGGAGCCAAACAAGAAGCUCCAUGCAGAGGAGGCGUCCAGUGACCCGGUGUUGCUGAGGAAGAGGAGGACGGCUCAGAUAGAGAAGAACACCUGUCAACUCUUCAUCCAGACAGACCACCUUUUCUUCAAGUACUACAAGACCAGGGAGGCUGUCAUCGCACAGAUCUCUAGUCACAUCAAGGCUAUUGAUGCCAUCUACCAGGGAACAGACUUCAUGGGUAUCCGGAACAUCAGCUUUAUGGUCAAGAGGAUACGGAUCAACACCACUACAGAUGAGAGGGACCGGUCCAACCCUUUCCGCUUCGCUAACAUCGGCGUGGAGAAGUUCCUGGAGCUGAACUCUGAGCAGAACCAUGACGACUACUGUCUGGCCUACGUCUUCACUGACAGGGACUUUGAUGAUGGUGUGCUGGGUCUGGCCUGGGUCGGAGCUCCUGCAGGGAGUUCUGGAGGGAUCUGUGAGAAGAGUAAGCUGUACUCUGAUGGGAAGAAGAAGUCCCUGAAUACCGGCAUCAUCACGGUUCAGAACUACGCCUCCCACGUCCCUCCGAAGGUCUCACACAUCACCUUUGCCCACGAGGUGGGACACAACUUUGGCUCGCCGCAUGACUCGGGGUCAGAGUGCACCCCGGGGGAGUCUAAGACCCAGGAUAAGAAGGAGAAGGGGAACUACAUCAUGUACGCCCGGGCCACGUCAGGAGACAAGCUCAACAACAACAAGUUCUCCGUCUGUAGUGUCAGGAACAUCAGCCAGGUCCUGGAGAAGAAGAGGGGAAGCUGCUUUGUCGAGUCAGGCCAGCCCAUCUGUGGUAAUGGGUUAGUGGAGCCAGGGGAGGAGUGUGACUGUGGAUACAGCGAUCAGUGCAGAGACCAGUGUUGCUAUGACGCCGACCAGCCUGACAACAGGAAGUGUAAACUAAAACCCAACAAAGUCUGCAGUCCUAGCCAGGGCCCGUGCUGUACUCCUGAGUGCUACUAUAAGGGCCGUAAUGAGAAGUGUCGUGAGGAGUCUGAGUGUGCUCAUCAGGGCAUGUGUAACGGGGGUACUGCCCAGUGCCCCACCUCUGAACCCAAGGCCAACUUCACCGCCUGCCACGGAGAGACUCAAGUCUGCCUCAACGGGGGCUGUUCUGGCUCCAUCUGUGAGAAGUAUGGUCUGGAGGUCUGUACCUGUGCCAGCGUGGAGGGCAAGGACGAGACUGACGAGCUGUGCCACGUUUGCUGUAGUGAGAAAAUGAACCCCAACACCUGCAGCAGUACAGGCUCAGAGAAACUGGCCCGGUUCUUCAAUAAGAAAAUCACCACGCUGCCCGCGGGGUCUCCCUGCAACGACUUCAAGGGCUACUGUGACGUGUUCAUGAGGUGUCGGCUGGUGGACGCGGACGGCCCUCUGGCCAGACUGAAGAAGGCCAUCUUCAACCCUGAGCUCUAUGAGAACAUCGCAGAGUGGAUAGUGGCUCACUGGUGGGCAGUGUUGUUGAUGGGCAUCGCUCUGAUCAUGUUGAUGGCUGGCUUCAUUAAGAUCUGUAGUGUCCACACCCCUUCCAGCAAUCCCAAACUGCCCCCACCCAAACCACUACCAGGCACACUAAAGAGGAGGAGAGCCCAGCAGCACGCCCGGGACGCCCGAGACGCUCAGGUGCACCAGUCCCAGUCCCACCACGGAGGUGGAGAUCACGGCCAGCACCACCCGGUCUCCGGAGGCCAGCGACAGCAGCCCUCACGCCAGGCCCAGCCACAGCCCCAGCCUCAGAGGCACCACCGCAGCCAGGGCCAGCCCAGAGAAAACUACCAGAUGGGUCAGAUGAGACGCUGAGCUGUUGAGACACUGGGGCUUCGGGGUUGGGACCGCUCGGGGUGGGACCGCUCGGUCCACUGCUCCCUCCAUCGACUGCUCCUUGCCUUGGCUCCUCCACGUGCCUAUCUAUGUAACUGGUGGGACUUGGAUUUGAACCGAUUUGUUGGGAUUUGAAUCCGGGUCUCCAGGGUGGGAAUCCGAUGUCCAUUUAGAUCAACAGGAUUUUCUUAGUUUUUUUCUUGAUUAGGAUCGAUGGAAUCAAGGGAAAGGGAACCACACUUUAGUUUUUACACGUUUUUUUAGGAUUUCCUCUUGGUCUAUUGGUUAAGGUGUUGGGUUGCCACGUGGGAGGACCUGGGUUCGAAUCCCAUCGGUUUACACCUAACAGUAGGAUAAAACACUUGCUUCAGUCCUUCCAAAGAACAGCCUAAACUGGUUGUUUACCAUCCUCAUACCCUCCAUCUACAAACAAAACAGAGUUGAGAAAGUGAGAAUAAACGGACCCCCCCCUCCCAACGACCACCACUGACUGGAGCCUGCAGCACGGCUGACCUCUUCAGUCUUGUUUUCUGUGGCUCUCUAUGUGCAGUGGAAUCCACCAUCAGUCAUUUUGUUUGAACUUCCACCAUUUUUUUUUUUUUUUUUGUGGAGUGGAAGUGACCAUCCACCAUUUUGUCUUUUUUGUGGAGUGGAAGUGACCAUUGGCCAUUUCCAAUGCAGUAGGUCUUCAGUCUGCAUCUAUUUCCCACCAAAUCUUUCUUUCUUUCAAUGGAGUGCCAACGAGUGGAGGAAUGGUUUCAUCACUUGUAGCUUUACUACCUUCGGUCGUGGUUUUUUUUUCUUCGAUUUUGUAAAGUACCUCCUCUUGAGUGAGAACACCCGCGUGAUCCGUGGCUCCUGGUUGGUUGAAAUGUUUUGUCAGCCAUCUUAGCCAGGAAGUGAAGUGAAAAACACUCGGAGGAGAUUUGCUGUACUUGUGACUACAACACAACGUUUCAAACAUAAAACUGGGAAAAGAGACGAAGCUCUUCUCUUGGUUUCUCCAUGUAGACUGACUGUCUUCUGCAUGUGAUUGUACAGAUUUCAGUGUAACAUAAGUGAAAAAACUAAACUAUUUCUUCUACUGUAAAUGUACGUAUGAUUCUUUACUGUUUUUGGUUAGUACUGUACUCUCAGGACAGUAACACAAAUGAAGAUAUCUGGAAUAGUAAAUGGGCGAGUUCAGUGGACUGGACACAGUAGUUGGAAAUAGACAGCAUUCUUACCAAUCAAGUUCUUCUUUUACUGCAGUGAUGGAAUCAUAUGGAUGGAAUUCUCUAUGGCAUUGUGUUUAGGGUCCGGUUGCUAGAUGCUAGGUUCCAAGGAUUGAACAAAAAGGUCACCACCAUUUCCCACUACUUCUCACCUUUGACCUUUUUGUGACAUUCAAGAUCUCCCUCAUCUCUUCAUCUGGUAACAACUUGUUCUGAUCACGUCAUGAUGACAUCACGAUGUAACGAUUUGUUCUGGCCACGUCACGAUGACAUCAUGAUGUAACGACUUGUUCUGACCACGUCACGAUGACAUCAUGAUGUAACGACUUGUUCUGACCACGUCACGAUGACAUCAUGAUGCAACGACUUGUUCUGACCACGUCACGAUGACAUCAUGAUGCAACGACUUGUUCUGACCACGUCAUGAUGUAACGACGUGUUCUGAUCACGUCACGAUGACAUCAUGAUGCAACGACUUGUUCUGACCACGUCAUGAUGUAACGACGUGUUCUGAUCACGUCACGAUGACAUCAUGAUGCAACGACUUGUUCUGACCACGUCAUGAUGUAACGCUUAGAGAUAGAAGGAUCAGGGAAAGGAAAGGGAACUUCACUUUUAGUUUUUACACACUUCUUCUUCUUGAUAUGUUUUGAUGCAGAAGAAUAGAACAAAUAACCACUAACGGAAAGCUGAUGAUUCUGCCUGUUAUAUUAGGUCAGUGAUGCGUUUUUUUUUUAAGAGACAUUUUAUGGCACGCAUUCAAAAUGGCACCCUAUUCACUAUUUAGCCCUAUGCACCCUGGUCAAAAGUAGUGCACUAUAUAGGGUUUAGGGUGCCAUUUCGGACAUACACUUACUUUAGUACAGAGUGCAUUGAUAGUAUCAAAUUGCUAGGUUUACGUGAGUGUGGAAAAUAAAUACAAAAACAAUUCCAGAAUGGAUGAACAAAAAAAUGAGUACAAUUGAUAUCAAACUGUUAAUUUUCAAUGUGGGCAUGGAGUCAUGAUUUUAUUAUUUUAUUUUUAAAUAUGACUACGGUUGAUUUGACAAAGGUCUGUACUAAAUUGUCUGUUACGUAAUUGAUCACAACCGAUAACUUGCCAAUGAUGGCUGGGGUUGACUAGUUAGGCCUGUAGUACAGACAGCAGGGUGAGGAGUUAUUCCAGGACAAUGGCACUUUCAAACUAACACUAUGUAUAGAGCUAGAAUCUGGAUUAAAUGGUCUUCCAUCCUGUAACAAUGUGUGUGGAUGCCUGGAUUGGGUUCAUUAUGUAUCAAACGGAAGAAAGCGGACUGCAACAGGAAGGGCCUACCUGGAUUUGUCUAAAAAGAAACGUUCAUUUUCGUUUUUUUUCCAUUACAAAAUGUGUUGAACAUCGUUUUCUGCUGUGUGCCCUAAUGAAGACGACCUGUUGUGUUGCUCCACUGUGUCCUUUACAGAGGUGAAGACUGUGGGCUUUUACGUUAACAUUGGUGUGCCAUACAUGUCUUUGUACUUGUGGGCGAACGAGUCAUAUCAUUUUAUGAACGAGUCAUAUCUUUUUUUUAUCAUUACCUUUUUAUGUAGGAAAAGCCAGUAGGAAGGUCUCUAAAAGCCAUGCACUAGUUUGAAUGGAUGAAUGGAAGUCUCAUAGCCUGGUCCCAGACCUACUACUGCUGUCUGGUCAACUCUAUGGUAAUUGUCAUGCCAAACAGUGAUUUGACUAUGAUUUCUUUUGCAUAGGAGUUGUCCAGACAAACAGAUGUGGGGGUCCUGGAUAGAAGUGUCAUGUUUUUGGAGGAGAUAGAGACUACGAGGCAGUAGUACUAGGCGUUUACUCCUGCCCUUUUAACACUACAAAGACUGUAGGUUGGGUUGAUGUGGAACAACAUUUGGAACAUAGCCUAGAUCACGUAAACAACUUCAAAGCUAACCCCAACCAUACUGUUCUUGGUCAAAUCGGUUCUUUUCAACACUAUCAUGCUGACCCCAACCAUACUGUUCUGGGUCAAAUCUGUUGUUUUCAACACUAUCAUGCUGACCCCAACCAUACUGUUCUGGGUCAAAUCUGUUCUUUUCAACACUAUCAUGUUGACCCCAACCAUACUGUUCUGGGUCAUUUCCAGCAUGGUUCCAGCAACUAUGGUUUAAUGUGUAACCAGGCCAGAGCAGUAUAACUUGGUUUGGCUCGGUUCAGCUCGGUACUGUGAAAAGGGUAAUGGACUCUGUUGAGGACUUAGGCGCUUGUCUGUCUUCCAUUGAAUCCUGUAUUUCACAUUGCUGAAUAACUGGGAGACUGGUUGCUAAAUUCAACGACUGGUUGCUAAAUUCAACGACUGGUUGCUAAAUUCAACGACUGGUUGCUAAAUUCAACGACUGGUUGCUAAAUUCAACGACUGGUUGCUAAAUUCAACGACUGGUCGCUAAAUUCAACGACUGGUCGCUAAAUUCAACGACUGGUCGCUAAAUUCAACGACUGGUCGCUAAAUUCAACAUGGAGUUUUUCUGAAGAGAAGGAAGCCGUUUAAAAAAUGUAUCUGACCAGCUAGCACACUUACAGUACACUAAGCCAGACAUAUUUCCCUGUAAACUUGUAUAGUACUUGGAGAAUUUAGAGUUUUAAGUUGAAGAUAAAAAAAAAUCUAAAAUUCUGAAAUCGAGGAAAAACUGUUCAGAAACAAAACAUCCCCUUCUCAAAACCUUCUCAGUAACACUUGAUUUUGAAGGGAACCUACGUAAGUAUUUUAUAACAUUCAUAAACCAUACAUAAAACAUUCAUAAGCAGUACAUAAGUAUUUCAUAGUAGACAUAAUGUAUUAAAUGCUUACUCACUGAUUAUGAAUGUGUUAUAAUGUCUUAUGUAGGUACCCUUUAAAUAAAGUUUUACCAACCUCCCUUUCCUGAGUUAUUCUCGUAUCUAUGCUAGUUGAAAUGGGAUUAGUUUUAAAUAUAAUUUACUUUAAUUCUCCACCAUCAUGAAAAUGGAAAAGAAAAAAAAAAAACUAUAUUCAGUGUGAUGGACUUAAAUGUUUCCUUCAUUCUCAUUUCGUUUAAGUCUGUUAUCCUGUGGCAUGGUUUUCGGUUUUAUUUUUUUAAAUUUUUUAUUUCGUGGUCUUCAUGAUAAAGAAGGUUCUAAGCGUAAAACGUGCACUGAAAUGUCCAAAAUUGAGUUGAAAAAAUGUAGUAGGUGAAAUGAAGAUGUAGGCCCGAAAGAACACACGAUGAUUAAAAAGUAAAAAAACUACUGUCUGAUUUUAAUGUUCACUGUGUUUUAUACAGUAUCAAACAUUGUUGUUCACUUUGAACAUUUUUACUAAAGAAAUUCCAAUAAUGUAUUGUGUAAUUUUUUUGGAGUACUUUAAAUGCAUUAAUUAAAAGACUCGUUCAAAAUAAAUUGGAUUUGAUUCACUGUAUAAAAUUUGUUUAGAACUGUUACUUUAAUAAUAUUUGUAUUUAGUUCUACUGGUGUUCUAUAGUAAUUUAUCUCCAGUAAUUCAGGUUUGGACUAUGGUAUUUCAGUGUGAAUACAGUUGUAGGUUUGGCCUCGUCUGCUUGCUGUAUGUAUUUAUUUAGUUAUAGGCUUGUUACAUUUGGUCAUGGGGCGCAGCUGGCCAGAUAUUUUCAACCCUAAAACCACAUUGAUCUCCUAGAUAUCCAUAUCCUAGAGAUGGGUAUUUAACUCUUGUUUAUUCUAGCCUAUAAUCAAAUAAAUACAAACCAACUGGCAAGUGUCUUCACUGACAUUUUCAA